CAACAGAGUUACUAUAUUGCUAUCAAAUUCAACUCACAAAGUUAACAAUACUGGACGUAUGACCACUCAUUCUACAAUGCAAUUUCGCAUUUAUGUAAAAUUACACUGGAAUAGAGCAGAACGAACAGCAAAUUUAAGAUGA